AUGCCAUUAUUUUCACACUCUCCUCCAAAAAAAAUCACCAGUUUUCUGUGGCAAAAAAAACUGUGCUACACAAAGCAAGAACAGAACAAGACUCUCUUCUCUACAAGCUUUGAUCAUGCCACAACAACUUCAACUCUCCUUAAACAACUCUUCCAAGAUCAAAACCUCGAAAUUCUCGGCCGAGUACUUGACCAUAAAACUCGUCUCCGUACUACUCCUCAACUUGUCGAGAAAAUCGGCAUAGGCCGGCACCAAAUUGUCGUGCAACCUAUUACGCAACUCGUUCCUCAUCUCCAAAUCCGGCACAACCCACGACAAGCCCAAAGCCCGAAACUCCUCAAACGCUCGAUUAAAAUCCCUAAUCCUCCUCCUAACCGCACUUCUCGAAAGCCUAGGUUUGAAACACCGCGUGACAUAAAGCCCCUUGUCGUCAAAGCACGAUUCGAACCCGGAGCAAGCGGACCCCACGAAAUUCCCGAGCGCGGCCUUCGAACCCUCGACCAAUUUCGCCAUAUAAGAUUCCCCGACCAUUCGCCUUAG